AUGUACCUGUUGAGUUCUAAGAUAACUAAGCUGUUCUUAUAUAAGAAAAUAUAUAGUAUGGAUGCGUUAAUUAGAAAUCAAUUUGGAAACCAAUAUGUUAUCCUGCAUUUUGAAUUAUAUGUAUGUUUUGAAACUAUUUAUUGGACCAAUUCCUUAUUAACCCAGAUUGACAAUGAUUUUCAUAAAUAUACAUGCCUUUCACAUGUGAGAUUUACAUCAAGUAGUAUUAAAGUUGUUGAUAAAAGUUUUUGUUUUGCAAAUUGCGAUUUGGUAAAAUCUGAAAAGGAAUGGUCUAGUAUUGGUGUAAAUACAGGACGUCCCUUGUAUAAAUUAAUAAAGUUUGUAGUUCGAAUAUUAAAAUUCAGUUUGAAGAAAAUAAUUAAAAUAAAACAGUUUGUUUAA